AGCGGCACUGUGGAGCCGCCGGAUCCGCCCCCAGAGGCACUGCCUGCCGGUUAGCGGCCUCACUCUGUAGCCGCUGUAGGCCGAAGGUUCCCCCUCCCCCACCCCUCUUGCCCCCGCACUGCAGUGACCCAGGGGGAAGUUGCCCUUCAAGACAGGAGGCCACCGACAACAAUCAUAAGCCGCAGUGACCCUGCUCAGGUGCAGCAGCAGCAUCAUCAUCAUUAUUAUUAUUGGGCUUUACCCUGGAUGGGACGCCAGCCUUGGUAACCGAUUCCUCCUUCGGCGAUCCCAGGAUAUUCUUGUAAGAUCUGCAGUACACAGCACAGAGCAAAGAUGGAUGAGCAAAGUGUUGAAAUCUGGAUUCUGCUGAAGAGAAAAUUGGAUUGUCAAGUGUCCGUUGAAGCUUACUGAAAACCAUAAAGAUGAGCAUUGCAGAGGUGUUCAGAUGUUUUAUUUGUAUGGAGAAGUUACGUGAUGCCCGGCUCUGUCCACACUGCUCAAAGCUUUGUUGCUUCAGUUGCAUAAGGCGCUGGUUAACAGAGCAGAGAGCCCAAUGCCCACAUUGCAGGGCACCCCUUCAGCUGCGAGAGCUUGUGAACUGUCGCUGGGCAGAGGAAGUCACACAACAACUGGAUACACUUCAGCUGUGUAAUCUCAGUAAGCAUGAGGAGAAUGACAAAGACAAAUGUGACAGUCACCAUGAGAAGCUGAGUGUAUUCUGUUGGACGUGCAAGAAAUGCAUCUGCCACCAAUGUGCACUUUGGGGGGGAAUGCAUGGGGGCCACACAUUCAAACCGUUAGCUGAGAUUUAUGAGCAGCAUGUUACCAAAGUGAAUGAUGAGGUGGCAAAGUUGCGUCGUCGACUAAUGGAACUGAUCAGUUUGGUGCAAGAAGUGGAGAGAAAUGUGGAAGCAGUACGGAGUGCAAAGGAUGAGCGGGUCAGAGAGAUUAGGAAUGCUGUGGAAAUGAUGAUUGCGAGACUAGACACACAUCUGAAAAACAAACUUAUAACAUUAAUGGGUCAGAAGACAUCACUGACUCAGGAAACAGAACUGCUCGAGUCAUUGUUACAGGAAGUAGAACAUCAGCUGCGAUCUUGCAGUAAAAGUGAGUUAAUUCUGAAAAGUCAAGAAAUCCUGCUAAUGUUCCAACAAGUGCAUCGUAAACCCAUGGCUUCAUUUGUCACAACACCUGUCCCACCAGACUUCACCAGAAUAUCUGAGAGUGAGCUGGUUCCUGCUUAUGAUUUCAGCACGUUUGUUCUGUCGAAUUUCAGCACUUUACGUCAGCGUGCUGACCCUGUGUACAGCCCCCCCCUGCAGGUAUCUGGACUCUGCUGGAGACUGAAAGUUUAUCCGGAUGGAAAUGGAGUUGUGCGAGGAAAUUACCUGUCGGUGUUUCUGGAACUUUCUGCAGGACUCCCUGAAACAUCAAAGUACGAGUACCGUGUGGAGAUGGUACAUCAAGCCUCCAAUGACCCAACUAAAAAUAUUAUCCGGGAAUUUGCCUCUGAUUUUGAGGUUGGUGAAUGCUGGGGUUACAAUCGUUUCUUCCGAUUGGACCUUCUUGCCAGUGAAGGUUACCUGAAUAUGCAGAGUGAUACCUUGGUGCUCAGGUAUCAGGUACGUGCUCCUACGUUCUUCCAGAAGUGUCGUGAUCAAAAUUGGUACAUCAGCCAACUUGAGGUGGCUCAGACAGGUUACAUUCAGCAAGUCAACAAUCUCAAAGAGAGAUUGGCCAUUGAACUUUCACGUAACAGGGCAUCACAAACCUUGUCGCCACCCGAUACACACUUGAGCCCACAAAGCAGUGAUUGCUCUGACACAAGGACAAAAAAGCUUGUUCAUAAUGAAGAUCUGCCAGCAGAGGGAGCAUGCUCAGUAUUGGCUAUCAGCCAGGUCAAAGAGGCAGAAGAAGAGGACAAGACUGCGCAGGAUGACUCAAAUCAUGACCUUUCAGAUGGUGAUUUGGACAUAGAAUGCCUCACUGUGGAUGAUGAAUUGAUCCAACUUGAUGGCAGCAGCUCCUCUGCUAGUUCCACAGCAACCAGUAAUACUGAGGAAAAUGACAUUGAUGAGGAGACCAUGUCUGGAGAGAAUGAUGUUGAAUACAGUAACAACAUGGAUUUGGAGGAAGGAGAGUUGGAUGAUUCAGCAGGAGCUUCUGGAGGGCUGAACAACCGCAAUCGGUCUUCGAGGCGGGGAAUGGGCAGUCUGGCAUCCACUGCCAGCAGCAGCCUGCUGGACAUCGACCCUGUCAUUCUCAUACAGCUGUUGGACCUGAAGGACCGGAGUAGCAUGGAAAACCUGUGGGGCCUUCAACCUCGCCCACCGGCUUCCCUCUUGCAUUCCGCAGCUCAAUGUCGUAAAGAUCGUGACCAGCGGAGACAGCAAGCUGUGCGCCGAUCACCUCCCAAUUCUGGGGUUCUGAAGAGAUUGAAGGCCCAAAUGGCUGAAGUCAGGAGCAAAAUGUCUGAAGUUAAAAGCCAGAUGUCUGAGGCGAGAAGUAACACAGUAUUGUGUGCUGAUUUGGGGGCAAAUUGUACCACUCACGCAGGAGAACAGGGACCAUCAGGCCCCUGUGGAAUUGACAGCUUCCGGAGAAAUGAAUCGGGGCUAGACCUCCUUUCUAAUUACAUAACAUUUGCAUCCACAAAGAAAUGUGGAUCUCCAAAACACGGUCGCUCUGGUUCAUCAGGGACCAGUUUCUCUCUCCGCAGAGCACUGGAAUGUGGGGAUAAAGAUCUCCACUGCCAGGAGAAUUGUCAACCCAGCACAGCAGGAUUAUCGAAGCCCAGCAGUAGACAAGGAUCUCCACAUUCUGUAACUAAGCCGAAUGACUCAGAGGCUCCAUCAAUCUGUAAGGCUGAUGACAGAGCUUUUACUGUUACUGCAUCUGACCAAUUCAGUAGCUCAACACUGAAUGGAUUAGCGUCACUGGAAAUGACACGGAAAGUUGCCACUUUAGGGUCAGUGGCCCCAUGCUGUUUCAUUGAUAACCAGCAACACUCCGACUCCGAGAAUGCAGGCAUUGUAGGAACAUGUAUUUCACCUCUUGAGGGUACAUCGGGCAGACCAGAAGAAGUUGCUUCGCGUCAGAAGAAAGUCCUUCAUUUGCUGCCUGGUAUGAGCAGUGACAGUGAGAGUGAGUGUGAAACUGAGAUUGAAGAGCAAGAAGGAAAUGUGUCUAUGGACCACGUGACUCAUAACUUUGCUACUCAGAGUCCUGGAGAAGCAGGUGAUUUGGGUAAUUCUGGAAGCACCAAUUUUGUCAAUGGAGAAACAAAAGAGUGAUCAUGUGGGAUUUGUCAAUGGAAGAUAUUUUUAUCCAAAUUUCAGUGAAAGCAUGGAAGAGAAUGCUGAAGGAAUUUGCCCAUCUGUUAAUAAGUAGGAUAAAGGAAAUAACCUGUAACAUCCCAUGUGACGCUAAUGUUUGUCUUUCUCAUGCACUACACCAGCUGUAUGUUGAUGCAGCAAGAUCCCAGUAAACUUUUGCACUGAUGGAUUUUUAUUUUCUUCCGUCAUUAAUGGAUCAGAGUUAGUUACACAGCCAUUCCGGUGGGCAGUCCAAAUCCGAGGCUGAAUGUUCCCUUCAAAGAUGGUGGGGGCUGCAACUGAGCAUCCUUCCUACCACAAGCCAUUCAUAAAACAGGCCUUCCAGAAUGUGUUUUAGGAUUUAAGCUGCAUCUUCUGAACAAACCCACUUGCUCAAAAAUGGUUUAACAAUAAAUGACAAGUGUGCAUUGCAGCAAUCCACAUGUGAGCAAGAUCUCCAAAAAUGCAGUGGGAGAGGAUGAGGUCAUCUAAUUGAAGCCACUUUCCAAACAUACUUGACACCAGCAAUUGGUCAGUUAUAUGUUAAAAACCACUUAAACUGUAAACUGUCACUUUGAAGUAGCCCAGCAAAUGAUUCCUGGCAUUAACAUUCUGAACAUGGGUUAUUGGUGUUCUCACUGCCGUGGCCUCUCUCAUGACUGAUCCGUGAGCUGACCAUUCCGAGUAUUCUAUCUUGAGCAAGUCAGAGCGAUCUGCUUCCUAUCUUUCGUAAAACGUCUAUUUGUUCAACUGUUGGUAGGAUGGGUUCUUUUUUUUUUUGUAAGUGGGUGGGUGUUCCUUGUAAAUCAAUUACUUUCUGCCCCAACUCCCAUUAUUUGGCCAGAACAGCAGGCAGGCAAUUUAAUGCCAGACCUCUGCCACAUUAUUGGCAAACAAUGACCCUUCCUUCCAUGUAGGCAUCUGGCCUUUCCCCAGCAGGGUGAAUGGCUGAGGUUGGGAUGUUGCCAUGUGGGGAAUGGGGGUGCAUUGCCCUUACUCAAGAGUGCCAGUGUGCCUCUUGAGAGUGUUUUUUAUGUUUGUUUAGAGAUUGUAAAAUAUCCUGUCUAUGUGGACUAACUGACUAAUAAACCCAACUAAUAAAGCAAUAGGUAGGUAUUAUUGGUUGAUACAAGUUGCUCUCAUGCAUGCAUGCAGUGACUCAAAGACCACAUUAGAUUUGUGAUGAGGGACCUUCACAGUGAAGGGUUGUAUUUUCCCUGUCCUUCAUGCAAUGGACACAGAAUGGAAUGAUCGGUCAAACAAAUACUAAUUUGCUCAUACUAGUAAAUUUGAAUUAUGCAUGUCUAGACUUUUUGCUUUGUCUUUUAACCUAAUGUGUAUUUUAGCAAAAUUACCUGAACACUGUAGUGCCAUUGUGCUUAAUUACUGUUAGGUGCCUGUAUUCAAACUAGCCAUGCUUAACUGCUAGUCCAUUGACCCUUCUGCAUAGCUAAAGUCACACUGUAGCUCUGAUUUAAGUGAGCAGCAGCUACUGUUGUCCUCAUUGACGUGGUUAUGAUCAUAGAAAUGUGGCCCUGAUGCAUGAUGAUACUGUAUGUAAAGUACUUCUGAGCAUGAAUUCUCUUACGGUUUGACACCAUUGUACCCCCAGGUCAGAUUGUUCAACACCACCUGGCCAGGUGGUUAGGAGCACUAUAGAAGCAAUGAACUCCAGGUGUCUUCAAAGCUAAAACUGAACAUAAUUAUCAGAGUUGGAGUGCAACUGUAAAGCAUUCCAGUUUACUUAUACCCAAUUGUCAGUUACGGAUUUCUAGGUUAAGGAUGGUCUAAGAUUCCAACAAAAUGACUUCACGUUAAUUUAUUUUCCAUCUAAAUACUGUUAUUUAUUUAUUCUAUCUCUUGCUACAGCGACUCUGUACGACCCACGAAUGUACACUUCUCUGUCAAAUGCUUUCCUUACGUCAGGCUCAACAGGCAAUCAUUUUGUAGUUUUGCUUUUUGUUAUGUAGAUGUACCUCAGUAGUGCAAACCGCUGUCUUCCUCUGGGAAUUCUCCAGAGAUUUGUAGCUGGAUUCUCAAAGCUGCUAGUUAAAGAGCUGGUGCUGUUCUGUCGGGAGAAAUCUUUACAUAAAUUCUGAGGUGUUGUGCAUGUGUUAGAUGUCUCCCCCACCCCAAUCUUUCUUCAUAAUAACAGCACUUAUGAAUUGUAUUAUUGAAUUGUUCUCUAAGAGUGAGGAACAUCUGUGGAGUUUUAUUCCAAUGUCUCUUGUAGAUUUUAAUUGUGCCAAAGUGAAGCAAUUCCAUAUUGCUGAAAAUGAAAUAAUGGUUGCUGAAAUAAGCAAGUAUUUCCAGCAUUUUCUGUCGAAUCAGGCAGCAUGUGUGAACAAAAGACUUAGAGGGGUCAAGGACCCCCACACAGAACCAUCUCUGUUCACUGACCUGCUUGGGUAUUGUCUGACUUUUUAAAAUUUGGUUUCCAAUGUUUCCCUUGUUGAAUGGCAAUGAGUGGAGUGGCUGAUGAUUGACAUGAUUUACCCUGGACGCAGACUCUUUACUGUAAUUCUACCACUUACCCCGCACCUUCCCCCCAAAAGAACCCUGUGUUAUGCUUUAGCUCUGUCUAACAUUUAAGUUCACUUUUUUUUAAACACAUUUUGGGAUCGUAGUUUCUGUGAAUGUUUUCAGUGCUGUGCUUUGAGGGGGCUUCCGAUUGAGUGAGCUUACAAUUUGGGCAACAACUCCUUUGUAAAUCAUUGCUGGCAGUCUAACCCAUGUAGUGGGCAGCUGAUUACCAAUGUACAGCCCUGAACUCCUGUUUCUGCGAUGCAUGGCGACAUCCUGUCUGAAUGUGAUGUACCUUGUACUGUGAAGUACAGUUUAGAAAAGCUGUGGUUUAUUUGUAAUGUGUAUUCAGUGUUUGCUUUUUAAAUACUGUCUCCAUUGUGUUUACAUGAUCACAUUUCUGCACUUUUUUUGUUAAUAAAACUGAAAGAUAUAAACUUU